AUGCUAUCUCUCACUUCUCCAAUCAGUUAUUCCACUGCUCUGUCCUCUUGGACAAGCUCAAGUUCUGUAACGCUCCGCUGGCCAGAGUUCCACAAUACCACUACUUACUGGCCCAACCAAACCGAACCUUCUCGGCCUAAGGCGACGAUCACCGUUGGAGCUGGUGGAAGGCUGGAAUUUUCUCCGCCCACACUUGAAGCGCCUAUCGGUACUAUUGUUCAAUUUGACUUUCUCGCUCUCAACCAUACCUUGACUCAAAGCAGCCUCUGGGAUCCUUGUUCCCCGCUUCCCGAUGGCUUUAAUACUGGAUUUGCACAAUUCAACCCCAAAAACAUCAGCGGAAAAUAUCUCGUAGAAUAUGAAGUUACAACAAAGAAUCCGCAGUUCUUUUUCUGUGCCCAAAACACUUUACGGUCCCACUGCCGAGCUGGAAUGGUCUUUAGCUUGAAUACUGAAAAGACAGCUCACGAAUCCUUUGUCCAGAAUGCUCUCGAGGCAGUCACGACGUCUAGUCAAGCCGUUCAGAAUGGGUCUUGUCCAAAAUCUCAGCUUGCUCCAUCCAGCAGGGCACUUGCGACGACUACAACAAACAACACUACAACAAUCAUCAGAACUACAACAACUAGACCUCCAUCUUCCGAGUCUACUUCCCCGACUGGUAAUGUAUCUUCUAUUCCGAUAGCUGAUCUCGCGGUGCAUUUAACACCUAAUGUCGUUAAGCUGGCAAUUGCAUGUGGGAUAGUCAACGUAGCUAUGAUGGUAGCUCUGGGUAUCAUGUAA